CCGCAGCCCGCCGGCUCGCCUGUGCAGUGGCGAUGCCCCGGAGCCCGACCCUGGCCUCGGCCCCGGCCCGCGGUGCGCCGCGCAAUUAGCCCCGGUGCCCGCGCCGCAGCCAACGCCGCGCCCCGACGCAGCGAUGGGCAACACGGUGCACAGGACCCUGCCAGACUCUAGCCCGCCUGCACGCCUCCUGGCCACCCGGCCGUGUUGCGGCCCCGGCCCGGAGCGGCGCCCAGUCCUGGGCGAGGCGCCCCGCUUCCACGCUCAGGCCAAGGGCAAGAACGUGCGGCUCGACGGCCACUCACGCCGGGCGACGCGACGCAAUAGCUUCUGCAACGGCGUCACGUUCACGCAGCGGCCCAUCCGGCUGUACGAGCAGGUACGGCUGCGCCUGGUGGCCGUGCGACCGGGCUGGAGCGGCGCGCUUCGCUUCGGCUUCACGGCGCACGACCCGUCGCUGAUGAGCGCCCACGACAUCCCCAAGUAUGCCUGCCCCGACCUCGUCACACGGCCCGGCUACUGGGCCAAGGCGCUGCCGGAGAGCCUGGCGCUGCGUGACACCGUGCUGGCCUACUGGGCGGACCGCCACGGCCGAGUCUUCUACAGCGUGAACGACGGCGAACCCGUGCUCUUUCACUGCGGGGUGGCCGUGGGCGGCCCGCUCUGGGCGCUCAUCGACGUCUACGGCAUCACCGACGAGGUGCAGCUCCUCGGCACCCUGCAGUCCAGCCCUGCAACCACAUCUCCGUCAGGAUCCCUCAGCGGCUCCCAGGACGAUAGCGAUUCCGAUAUGGCCUUCAGUGUCAACCAGUCCUCCUCAGCAUCUGAGUCAUCCCUGGUGACAGCCCCCAGCUCCCCGCUGAGCCCCCCAGUGUCACCGGUGUUCUCACCCCCAGAGCCAGCAGGCAGCAAGAAUGGCGAGUGCACAGUCUGCUUCGAUGGCGACGUGGACACAGUCAUCUACACGUGUGGACACAUGUGCCUGUGCUAUAGCUGCGGCCUGCGACUCAAGAGGCAGGCCCGGGCCUGCUGCCCCAUCUGCCGGCGGCCCAUCAAGGACGUCAUUAAGAUCUACAGGCCGUAG